CAACAUGGCCCUGCCUGCGCCCGAGGCCCAGCCUCCAGGCAGCUCGCAGCUGAGGUUCCUGCUGUUCCUGAUGAUGCUGCUACUGCUGAUGUCAUGGCCUUCGCCCGGGGACUCUCUGGCACUGUCCGAGCAGCGACGCUCCCACCUGGAGUCCCAACUUGACGCCCAUGAACUACGAGGUCGCUUCCAGGACCUGCUGAGGCGGCUGCAUGCCAACCAGAGCCAGGAGGACUCGAACUCAGAACCCAUCCCCACUGUUCGGAUACUCACUCCAAAAGUGCGACUGGGGCCGCGCGGCCACCUGCUGCUCCACGUCCGCCGGGCGUCGCUGACCCAGGGUCUCCCCGAAGCCUACCGCGUGCACCGAGCGCUGCUCCUGCUGACACCGUCGUCCCGACCCUGGGACGUCACCGCGACCUUGCAGCGUGCCCUAAGCCUCGGGGGACCCCGCAACCGCGCACUGCGCCUGCGCCUGGCAGCGCCCCCCGACGUGGCCGUGACGCCCUCUAGCGGCGUGCGCCUAGAACUGCACUUGCGGCCGCCCGCCGGUAGGGGGCGCCGCAGCGCGCAUGCGCGCCUCAGAGACUCUUGCCCGCUGGGUCCCGGGCGGUGUUGUCACCUGCAGACUGUGCAGGCGACCCUCGAGGACCUGGGCUGGAGCGACUGGGUGCUGUCCCCGCGCCAGCUGCAACUGAGCAUGUGUGUGGGCGAGUGCCCUCACCUCUACCGCUUGGCCAGCACACAUGCUCAGAUCAAGGCGCGCCUGCAUGGCCUGCAGCCCGAUAGGGUGCCCGCCCCCUGCUGCGUCCCUUCCAGCUACACCCCAGUGGUCCUCAUGCACCAGACAAACAACGGUGUGUCGCUACAGACCUACGAUGACAUGGUGGCCCGGGGCUGCCACUGCGCAUGAGCUCCGGGCUGUGCCCCUCACCUGCACUCCACCCUGCUAUUUAUAUUUGUAUUUAUUAAUAUUAUUAAUUUAUGGGGGGUCUGGCUGGGUUGGUGUAUUGUCUAUUUAUUUAAAGCUCUGUAAUAAAUA